UCGUGAGCGGUCGAUCACGCAUGACCCAGAAUUCCCGCAAUCAUCAUGGCCGACCUGGGUCGGAAAAUUUUUCAUCUGCGCUGAAUUUCUUCGAUUCCUGCGAGAAAACGGCGACGAUGGAGCGCCUGAAGCUGAAAGACCGCAUCUUGGACAACAUCGCUCGGGCCGUGAAGGGGAUCCAGGACCUGCAGGCCUGUAAGGGGGACCCUGAAACUGCCUCCCCUCUGACCAAUCAGGACCGAGAGAUCCAAGCCUUGUGUGAGCACCUGGACCACGCCUUCCUGCAUGGGUUGCGAAACGUGACGAAGGGCUACUGGGUGGUCGUGCCGCACUUCACGCGGAAGGACGCCAUCAAACAGAUCCAGGAGAUGGGCAACGUCACCACCGACCUUGGCAGAGGCCGGGCGUGGCUGUACCUGGCCCUGAAUGAGAACGCCCUGGAGAGCUACCUGCGAGUGUUCCAGGAGAAUGUCGAACUGGUCAAGAAAUACUACGUCAGACAUGCCCUGCUGAGGGAUGAACAGAGACUGCUGGUGAUGACCACCCUGGCCUCAGGACUGGAGUAUCUCAAGUUUGAGCUGGAUGUGGAUGUGCCGUACUUGGACCUGACCUCCUCGCUGCCCCUGAGCCGAGACGAGCGCUACAGCGAGUACGACGAGGAUCGGAUUUCCCAGCAGAGCCUGGACGCCGUCUCCACGACCUCCAGCGUCAGCGGGUACACCACGGGGUCGGGUUACACCCUGGGGUCGGGUUUCACCACGCCGGGCUCCGAUAACGCCGUCUGCGUUCGCUCAGAGUUUGUCGAUAUAGAGUAUGUUGCACCGGGUGCAACUGUAGAAGGGGCGCUCUCGAACGGACCAAUCGUAAAGGAGAAAACUCCGGAGAAAGCGCAGCGCCCAGAUUCGCUCGAGCGAACAUUCAGAAUUUCCCGAAUCUCCGACCCCGGAGCGACUCCGAAAGCCUCGGCGGACCCAGGCGGACUCGAGGUGAUUCGUAAGAAAACCAAGAAAGGAAGUAAGAAGAAGAAGGCUGUUGCUAAGCAACAGGAUGCAACUCCGAGCCCGUCCGGAAGUGCUUCGGAGGAGUCGAGUCGCGCGAGUAGUAGUAGCGGCGUUGACGUACGAAAUUCGGGGGAGGGGCAAUCUGUAACAAUUAACGAGAGAAGAAAUGAAAGACUAGAUGGUGCAAAAACGGAAGCUACAGAACUGAACGCAGGAACGAAUGAAGCUUCGAGGGAGGUUGCAAACCCUGCAGGUCAGGGUGAAAACCGAGGGGGGCAGGGACAGAGCCAGGGGGGUGUGGGGGCAGAGGGGGGUGCACAGGGGGGACAUCCCCCUCAGCAGAACGUGCAAGCUCAGGCAGCUGGCUUGGUGAACGAUCUCGAGCUCCUCUUGACGAACAACAACGAAGACCUGAACUCGAACCCCACCAACUGCACGGACCAGACGUGCCAUGCCCACACGUACGGUCUCCCCCCGCCAAACCCGCCGGCGGACGCCGCGGCUCGCGGGAACGAACAGAACAACAUCCAAGACGACGACGUCGAUCUCCAAGGAAACUUCUCCGACAGCCCUCCCGUUUUCCCCUCCUUUGCGAACGACGUUGCGAACGAGGUCCCUCUGAGCGAGGAAAUCGCGGAAGCAGAGAGGCUGCGUCGCCAGCAGUACGACAGUGACGAAGAAGAAGAUUCGGUGACCUUGGGAAGCUCGUACCAGAGCGACGCGGGGAGUUACUCCGGAAGCGAGAAUAUGGAACACAGAACUGCGCUCGGAAAGGACGGCAGCCCGGGAGGCAGCCAGGGGGCGCCGCCCCCCCAGCGGCCAGCGCGUUUAAACCCGUUUGACCGUGACAGUCCUCGGAGAGGGAGGGGGGCAGAGGAUGGGGAUAGACAGAAGGAAAGAGGAUGGGAGGAGAAGAAUGGAGACUCUGAGGAGAAAGAGGAGGAGGAGAAUCUAGUGAUGAAGAGAACGACGCCGGACUCACAUGAUGCUGAUAUCAAGGUGGACAACAACACUCUCCUGUACCUGAUGUUGGAGGUCUUCAAAGAGGAGGGAGAGCAGUUCUCUAAGAUGUUCCGUUUGUCGACCGGCCACAUGGAAGGAGAUCUGCGCAGUGUCUACAUCUUAAUCACCGACUUCUGCAUGUACCUGCUGAGGAAAGGUUCAGGAGACCAACAGUUUGAGUGUGAAGACUCCAUCAGACACAACGACCUGGACUACAUCUCUAUCUCCCUGAACCACCAGUAUGUGCAGAUCGUCUGUACCAACAGGAGGAAACAGUUCUGGGUAGACUCAGGGGACGAGCUGCUCACUAGGAUGUUCGUGACCCACCUCCACGCUGCCAUGAGCACGGGGUUCCGGAUCGAGCCGUUUCCUGCGGUCCUGACCGACGCCACCACGCAGAAAAUCGCUCUACGGAAAUGGGCGGCCAAGGAGGCCAAGUGCAAUACGUCCGACAUCGACCUUCUGCUGUACACGUUGGUGCACUGGUGGGACCCUCAGGACUUUGCCCGGACACCUUCGGACUCUGGUCAGCCUUCCUCGCUGAGAGACGGCAUCACCAAGGACGGAGUUCUUCUGUACAAGGCAGCGACGGGCUACCUGAGGGGCACAACAUGGAAGUCUGGAUUCUUUUUGCUCAGGUAAUGUUUCUGUGUGUAUCAUGCUAAAGUAUUGAUUCAGUGGUUGUUACCUUUGCCAGGAGGGUUACGUUUUUGGUAGUGUUGGUACGUGUGUAUUUGUGAGUGGGCAGCAUAAC